AAAACAGAGCAAGCAAAGCAAAAGGAAUCUCUCUCCGCUUUCUCCUGCUUCUCCCACCCUCUCUCCCUCUUCUCCUACUUCUUCUUCCUUCCAAGACCUCAACUUUUUGCAUUUCCUCAUCAGAUCCCAAAAAACCUUCCUCCAUUUCAACAAUGGCAGUCGCUCUCUGAACCCCAUUUCUUCCCACGACAUCUGCACUCUGUUUUUCUUAUUGCGGCUCCUCUGUUCCACUUAGCUCCACAAAAGCGGCCAUGCCGGGCCUCGUCUCAGUCAAAACCCCACCCGACACUCCUCAACUGACCCUCUCCGUCCCCAAUUCCCAACCCGGAGCUUCAUCUCUGAACCGACCCGACUCCUCCCCUGCCCCGCGAACGCCCAACAAGAAACACCCUUCCCCUUCUCCUUCCCGAUCCAAACUCUCCCCGGCCCGCUCCGCCAAAAAACCCGCCCCGUCCGACUCCCCCAACCCGCCCGAUGCCUCCCUCGACAACCGGGAUCUCGGGCCUUUCCUCCUGAAGCUCGUCAGGGACACAAUUGCUUCAGGGGAAGGGCCCUCCAAGGCCCUGGAGUACGCAAUUCGAGCUUCCAAGUCGUUCGAGAGAUGCGCCGCCGUCGAAGGCGAGCCGAGCUUGGACUUGGUCAUGAGCUUGCACGUUCUGGGCGCGAUUUAUGGCAGCUUGGGGAAGUUCGAGGAGGCGGUGCCGGUGCUGGAGAGAGCCAUCACUGUGCCGGAAUUGAGCCGAGGGACGGAUCACGCUCUGGCGGCUUUCUCUGGGUAUAUGCAGCUGGGGGAUACUUAUUCCAUGAUUGGGCAGGUGGAUAAGUCGAUCCAUUGCUACGAGGAAGGGUUGAAGAUCCAGAUCGAGUCGUUGGGGGAUACUGAUCCCCGAGUUGGCGAGACUUGCAGGUACUUAUCUGAAGCGCAUGUUCAGGCCAUGAACUUUGAGAAAGCAGAGGAGCUGAGCAAGAAAACCCUGGAAAUCCACCGCGCACACAGCGAGCCAGCUUCGAUCGAGGAAGCAGCCGAUCGAAGACUGAUGGCACUCAUCCAUGAGGCCAAGGGAGACUACGAGGUGGCACUCGAACACCUGGUCCUUGCCAGCAUGGCAAUGAUUGCAAAUGGACAAGAUAACGAGGUUGCCGCCAUCGACAUCAGCAUCGGCAACGUCUACAUGUCCCUGUGUCGAUAUGACGAGGCAGUGUUCUCGUACCAAAAGGCUCUCACAGUAUUCAAGUCGUCGAAAGGUGACAACCACCCGUCGGUAGCCUCGGUGUUUGUGCGCCUUGCUGACUUGUACCACAGGACAGGAAAACUCCGAGAGUCCAAAUCUUACUGCGAGAAUGCUCUCAGGAUAUAUGCAAAACCUGUUCCUGGGACCACCGGGGAAGAGAUUGCCUCUGGUUUGACCGAGAUCUCCGCUAUUUAUGAGUCUGUGGAUGAACCGGAGGAGGCACUGAAGCUUCUGCUGAAGGCGAUGAAGUUGCUGGAGGAUAAACCUGGGCAGCAGAAUACUAUUGCGGGCAUUGAAGCACGAAUGGGGGUGAUGUUUUGCAUGCUUGGUAGGUAUGAGGAUGCAAGGGGAUCUUUCGAGGGGGCGGUGAGUAAGCUUAGGGCAAGCGGAGAGAGGAAGUCCGCAUUCUUUGGAGCUGUGCUGAACCAGAUGGGAUUGGCAUCUGUUCAGCUGUUCAAGAUCGAUGAAGCUGUUGAGCUGUUCGAGGAAGCUAGGGCGAUAUUGGAGCAGGAGUGCGGUCCAUGCCAUCAGGACACUCUUGGCGUGUAUAGUAAUCUUGCUGCAACUUAUGAUGCUGUGGGAAGAGUGGAAGAUGCCAUUGAGAUAUUGGAAUACGUUCUUAAACUGAGAGAAGAAAAGCUUGGUAUUGCUAACCCUGAUUUUGAAGACGAGAAGAAUAGGCUAGCGGAGCUUCUGAAAGAAGCAGGCAGGGGUAGGAACAAGAAGGCCAAGUCGCUGGAAAACUUGAUAGAUCCCAGCUCGAAGAAGACUACUGCGAAGAAAGAAUCAUCGACGAAGAAAUGGGGAUUCAGGAUUUGAGAGGCAUGUCUCUCUGUCUGCAGAUCUUUCACUCCUCCCUCCCACCAUCAAAUGCUCUCUUAUAGUCUUAUUUAUCUACUAAAUCUUCUCACAUUGUGCAGGUGUAUUGCUGUAACUUAGGGGGAAAAAAAUCAUUUUGUAUAGUUAAUAAUCUGGGUGAGCCUUUUUCCCCCUCUCUUCUUCACUCCCCCCACUGAAAUCUGCUUGUUCUGCUGUUUGGUACUUCAGUUGCUUGUUUUUCUCUUUUAGUUUGGUUACUUUUCGCUGGUUUGUGCCUGGCAGUGGUGGGAUUUUCACUUGUGUGUCCACUGCCCGAGUAAAAAAAAAAAAAAGGAAUGUUUGUCGUGUUCACUUGUCAUUGUAUCAAUCAGUCGAAGCGUUGAUAUGUCUGGUUUGACAAAACGGAUCAUGCAAAUUCAUUGUUAAACCGCAGUAACUUCGGCAAUAUACAUGUUCUGGAUUAGAGAAAAAGAGCAUUCUUCCUUCAAACUGAUGUUCCAAAGCUUUCAGUCAUAGUGUCAUACCAAUGUCUCCUAGUUUCAUUUCGGAUGGAAGCUCCCAUCUAAAGUGACAUGAGCAAAUUCAAGUUUAACGAAAGAAAUUCCUGGAUAUAGUCUUCUCCCUGCACUAGUGUAAUGAAGUGGAAAUCAUUCCUCUUGUAGUCAGUUGGACACUCUAAGAAUCACUCAGGGUGGAACUUCUGUUGAUCGACCCAAUGACUGAGAUCUCGAUUGACUUGCCUAUCUUUGAAACUUCAUGAACAUAAUUUAUCUGCUAGGAAGUCAUCACAAGCUCCACCACACCCACACAUGACUUGCCAGAAGUUUCAAAGAUAGGCAAAGCCAAAGUUCCUACAUACUUUUUUACCAACACAUGACCACACCAACUUUAAGAGCGUUGUUUGAUUUAGACAAUUUAUCUGUUGAUCUGACUUCAGGUCGUACGUUCAGAAAAUAUUUUUAAUCUUUUCACCUUCCUCUUUCGUAGAACGAGCAAAAACCACACUAUAGUCCUCAAAGAGCAAAUUGGACACUUGUGGUGCUUGUUUACUAAUCAUGAUCCCAUGGAUCUCACCCCUUUUAUUGUUGUUUUCCGUAGCGCAGAAAGUUUCUCUGCACAUAAUAGAAAAAAGAUAGGGAGAAAGUGGAUCUCUAGUCCUUGACUUAGAGCAUCCACAUUAAUGGUAUUUGUUCAAUUGGAAAUCCUACAUGGCACUCAAUUUGUAAUUGUAAAGGGAAUUGCACUAAUGUGAUUGGUACUUUUUUUUUUUGCCAAAGAUAUUCCAAGAGGAAUAGCAAGAUACGAGAUUACAGGACCAUAGCGGCCAAAGAUCAAAGAGAAAGAAGAAGGGAACGUUGGUCAACGAGACGCUGAACCAACGAUAAGAGGGCUUGUUUUGCCACGAUAUGGGCAGCCCUAUUGUACCUACGCGGCGCGAAAUGAAACGAAACACGCUGGAGAGAUAUUCGCAACACCUGAACCUCUUUCAGAAUGACACCUCCCAAACCGUGAGCCGAAUCAAUCGCGUUUACCAUCCGGAUGAGUACCUGCGAGUCACCACAGAAGAGUACAUUACUUGCAAAGAUGCAAGCUUGCAUUAAAUGAAAUUGAAUAUGCAAG